GUGGUGUGCUUCUGAGCAUUCACAAUGGAACCAGACGUGUCCUUGGACAACAUUAAGAUGGCAUCCAGUGACCUGCUGGAGAGCAAAGAGCUAGACAGUGGAGGCUUCGGGAAGGUGUCCUUGUGUUUACACAGAAGCCACGGAUUUGUCAUCCUGAAAAAAGUGUACACAGGGCCCAACCGUGCUGAGUACAAUGAGGCUCUCUUGGAGGAGGGGAAGAUGAUGCACAGACUGAGACACAGCCGAGUGGUGAAGCUACUGGGCAUCAUCAUAGAAGAAGGGAAUUACUCGCUGGUGAUGGAGUACAUGGAGAAGGGCAACCUGAUGCACGUGCUAAAGGCUGAGAUCCGUGUCCCACUCUCUGUAAAAGGAAGGAUAAUUGUGGAGACCAUCGAAGGAAUGUGUUACUUACAUGACAAAGGCGUGAUACACAAGGACCUGAAGCCUGAAAAUAUCCUUGUUGACCGUGACUUUCAUAUCAAGAUAGCUGAUCUUGGUGUGGCUUCCUUUAAGACAUGGAGCAAACUCACUAAAGAAGAACACAACCAGCAGAGAGAAGUGAACUGCACCGCCAAGAAGAACGGAGGCACCCUCUACUACAUGGCACCCGAACACCUGAGUGACAUCAAUACAAAGGCCACAGAGAAGUCAGACGUGUACAGUUUUGGCAUAGUGCUUUGGGCAAUAUUUGCAAAUAAGGAGCCCUAUGAGAAUGCCAUCUGUGCCCAGCAGCUCUUGAUCUGCAUAAACUCUGGCAACAGGCCAAAUGUGGAGGACAUCAUUGAGCACUGCCCCAAGGAGAUCAUCAGCCUCAUGGAGCGGUGUUGGCAGGCGACCCCAGAAGACCGGCCAACAUUUCCUGGCAUUGAAAAAGAAUUUAAGCCUUUUUACUCAAGUCACUUGGAAGAGUAUGUAGAAGAGGACGUGGCGAGUUUAAAGAAAGAGUACUCAGUUCAAAGCACAGUGCUGAAGAGAAUGAGUUCUCUCCAGUAUGACUGUGUGCCCUUACCUCCCAGCAGGUCAAAUUCAGAACAACCCGGUUCACUGCACAGCUCCCAGGGACCCCAGAUGGGGCCUGUGGAGGAGUCUUGGUUUUCCUCCUCGCCAGCGUACCCACAGGAAGAGAAUGAGAACAGUGUGCAGGCGAAACUCCAGGAGGAAGCCAGCUAUCAUGCUUUUGGAAGAUUCAUGGAGAAGCAGACAAAACAGCAGCCGAGGCGGGACAUGCUAUACAACAGAGAGGAGGAGAGGAAACGAAGGGUCUCCUAUGACCCCUUUGCACAGCCAAGAGCUCACGAGAAUGUUAGGAGUGCAGGGGCAAAGGGUCCUUCCAAUCACACCACAAGCAGUCAUGGGAAUGCAGCACGCCAGCCACCAGCCAGCCAAGCACAGGUGCCACGUUGGAACAACGGAUUGUAUAAUCUGCAUGGGUUUGAAGCGGCAGGUGCAGGAGCUUGGUGUGGGCCAAAUCCAAGCCAAGUGUAUUCUACUUAUAAAACUCCCGUGCCUGAGACCAACCUACCAGAAAACACACCCACCAUUCCCUUCAUCUCCUUUCCAACAACAGGCGAGUCUGUAACAUGUGCUAUCUAUAAUAGUUCUGGUAUUCAGAUUGGGAAGUACAAUUAUAUGGACCUUGGACUGAGUUCAUACUCAGGAGACAACGCGUGCAAAGAAGAGUCAGUUUCCGAGCACCAAGCCAUCUUUGAUAACCCCACUAGUCUGACUGAUAAACACCUGAACCCUGUCAGGGAAAACCUGGGAAAGCAAUGGAAAAACUGUGCCCGCAAGCUAGGCUUCACUGAGUCCCAGAUCGAUGAAAUUGACCAUGACUAUGAGAGAGACGGGCUGAAAGAAAAAGUUUACCAGAUGCUCCAGAAGUGGCUGAUGCGGGAAGGCACCAAAGGAGCCACAGUGGGAAAGUUGGCCCGGGCCCUUAACCAGUGUUGCAGGAUAGACCUGCUCAACCAGUUGAUACAUGCCACCAAGAGUUAAGCCUGGGUGGGCUCUGGGAGCCAAACUCUUGGGCUGGUGCAAAGCCCCUUCAGCUCCCUGGCCUAUGGAACCCUAUCUCAGUAUGAGCUCUGUGUCUGAGCA